GACUUGGCACGGGCUGCCUUGUUUGAAAGCAAAUACGUCUCCUCAACUGGGCCAACCACCAAAUUAGAGCCCUUACUCCACUCUAUGUAUCAUCUUAUGCAUGACCCUCACGACAGCAGUGCUUCCUCUCUCUUUCUAUCUCUCGCCUGGAUAGUGCGCAGACAUGUCUCACCGCAAAUUCCAUGCCCCCCGCCACGGGCACAUGGGGUUUCUGCCCCACAAGCGGAGCAAGAAGCACAGGGGCAGGGUGCGCACGUGGCCCAAAGACGACCCCAACCUGCCCGUCCACCUCACCGCCUUCCUGGGAUACAAGGCUGGCAUGACCCACACGCUUAGGGAGAUGCACCGCACUGGCCUCAAGCAAGCAAAGCGAGAAGAAGUUGAGGCGGUUACCAUUGUUGAAACUCCUCCUGUCAUCGUGAUGGGCAUCGUGGGAUACAUCAAAACCAUCCGCGGCCUGCGCCCCCUGAAAACCAUCUUCGCCGAGCACCUCAGUGACGAGUGCAAGCGCAGAUUUUACAAAAACUGGUUCAAGAGUAAGAAGAAGGCCUUCACUAAGUACAGCAAAAAGUGGCAGCUUGAGACAGGAAAGAAACAGCUGGAAAAGGAGUUUGCCACGAUGAAGAAAUACUGUUCAGUCAUCAGGGUUCUUGUUCACUCCCAGAUGAAAAUGUUGCCCAUUAGGCAGAAGAAAGCUCACAUUAUGGAGGUGCAGUUGAAUGGAGGAACCAUCUCAGACAAGGUGGACUGGGCAAAGGAACAUCUGGAACAGUCAGUCCCCAUUUCUGCCGUCUUCUACCAAGAUGAGAUGAUUGAUAUCAUUGGUGUCACCAAAGGCCAUGGCUUCAAAGGUGUGACGAGCCGCUGGCGCACAAAGAAACUCCCCAGAAAGACCCACAAGGGCCUGAGGAAGGUGGCUUGCAUCGGAGCCUGGCAUCCCGCCCGUGUGGGCUACACUAUAGCUCGCGCUGGUCAGAAAGGUUAUCACCAUCGUACCGAGCUCAACAAGAAGAUCUAUCGUAUCGGUAAAGGUGUUCACAUCCAGGACGGGAAGGUGGUCCGGAACAAUGCCUCCACUAACUACGACACCACCCAGAAAACCAUCACCCCCAUGGGAGGCUUUCCAAAAUAUGGAGAGGUGAACAAUGACUUUGUUAUGAUCAAAGGCUGCGUUGUCGGGACGAAGAAGCGCGUCCUCACCCUCAGAAAGUCUUUGCUCGUCCACACAUCGCGCAAAUCCAAGGAGACCAUCGAGCUCAAGUUCAUCGACACCACUUCCAAAUUCGGUCACGGGCGCUUCCAGACUGCCCAGGAGAAGAGGGCGUUUAUGGGGCCACUGAAGAAAGAUGCCCAGAAGACACUGAAAGAGCCUCUUGUGGAGGAGGUCUGAAAGAAUGGACGAUAACAAAAUCUUCUAAAAUAAUAAAUCUAAGUUUCAAAUAAAAA